AUGAAUGCUAAAGUAGGUAAAGAAAUAGCAGCUUUUACGGGAACUAUAGGCACACAUAGCUUACAUGAAAAUAGUAAUGACAAUGGGAUUAGACUGGCAACACUAGCCACAGAAUACAAUUUAGUAGUAGGAGGCACUCUGUUCCCACACAAAGAAAAACAUAAGGGCACUUGGCUUUCACCUGAUGGAAAUAUAACCAAUCAAAUUGAUCACAUGUUAGUCAAAAGGAAAUUUAGAUCAGCGCUGAUGGAUGUGAGAGCAUACUGGGGAGUGGAUUGUGAUUCAGAUCAUUACAUGGUGGCAGCAAAAAUACGUAUAAGAUUAGUAAUAAAGAGAAAGAAUGGAGGGCAAACAGCUAAGAUAGAUACUGAGAAACUGAAGGAAGAGGAAACAAGAUUGCAAUAUCAGGUUGAAGUAGAGAAUAGAUUGCAGCAUUAG